AUGCGCGGGAGCUCAUCCGCCUUCGCGUCGCUCUGCUUGGGCGCAUGCACGGCAUCGUUGCUCGCGCGUCACGCGUCUGGAAACACUGCCCUGACCCUAGUCCAUGCAGUUGUCUCUUUUAACUUCCACGACUCGUGGACAACUCGCUGCGCCUCAGGUCUAAAUUUUCGCAUGGCGCUGUUGAAAUAUGCGGCGUGCACAAACGGGGCUGCCUGCAGGAUUGCCACUUUCUCGCGAGAGGGCGCCGGAGUUACCCCCAGACAGCCUGCCGCGACAGACGCCGACGACGACGCGCGACGACGUCCGUGCUGCGGUCUCUUUGCCUUCAGGAGCCAUCCUUCCAGCCUCCGCUACUGUCCUUUUUCAAAGUUAUCGAGAAAAAUCAAAAUGGCGGAUCAUCACGGGGAAGCGAACUCCCCGGCUGCGGGCGUGGCGAGCCCCGAGGAAGUUCAGCUGUCUGCAGGAACCAAGAGGCGACAGACGCUCGGCGCCCACGAACUCCGUGACCAGCAGGACGGCAAGGCGGCCCUUGACGCGGAUGACGAUGCUGACAGCCAGCCUGCGGGAGACAUGCAUCUAGCCGACGCGGUGACGCUUCAAAGGAGACAACGCCUGCGGAUUGUCCGCUCCGGCGCCACCCCGGCCGUCCCCGCUGCAGCUGCGAGCUCCGUUUCACAGGCGCUGCCCAAGCCCGCGGCCCCGGAAAAUGCUGAAGAAGCCGCGGCACCGGCGAAGGGCGAUCAGGCGAAAAGCGCAGACGCGGGCGACGUGGCGAACGGCGCCGCCGAGGCAGCGGAGAAGACCCCGGCGGCCUCAGAAGCGAAGGGACAAGACGCGCCCGCUGACUCGCUUUUGGGGAGCGCGGAGAUUAAGAGCGUUUCCACAUUCAGCAGCGCCUUUGCUUCUCUCUCGAAGCAGCCGCAGGGCUCCUUUUUCCUGUCGCCGCCUGCGUCGAGCGCGACCGGCGAGUCUUCGUCGGCUUCCGCCGCGCCGUCCCUGUUCGCCAACUUGAGUUUCCCUGCCUCUUCGAUCUUUGCCUCAGCGACUCCCGGCAAAGAAGAGGCUGACGGUGGCACCGUCGGCGACGACGAGGAGAAGCCAGAGGAACCGAGCGUGAUUGAAAACGAAGUCAAUGCCGACGAGGCGGUCCUCUUCACUGACCGGGACUGCCGCAUGCAGCGGUUCGAUGCCGACCAGACGAUCUGGGCGCCCAAGCCGCCGCUGGAGGGUCGCGUGCAGAUCGUGGCUAGCAAGAAAGAAGAGGACGACAGGGCGCCGCGGAUCCUGUUUUUCGUGCAUCGGACCGGGCGGCUGCAACUCAACACGCCUCUGUUUGCCUCGGUGCACUACCAGCACCCUCUAGACCGAAGCCGGCAGCGCGCAGCGGCGCCAGCCCCGCCCGCGAAUGAAGAGAAGGACGCGAAGGACAGGAACAGCGAUGAGACGCAGAAGGCAGAAGAAGUGCCGCGGAAAAAAAACACCGCGGAAUUCAUUGGACUGAAGACAGACGCCAAGACAAGUUCAGACACGACCAUGUACCGCAUUCGCUUUUCCAAUGAAGAGAAGUGUGCCGAGUUCCUCGCGAUGGCGAACGAAAGGAAAACAAAAGGAACCUUCGCCGCGUGGCGCUUGUGCGCGUGGGAGCUGAGUUACGGGAGCGCAGUGUCGGAGAGGAGCUUCACGGAGAGAGCCAACAUGGUAGAGCCGACCGUCAUUCGAAUCGAGAUUGAUAUUCACGCAUUACGGCGAAUCCCCAGCACGCGGCCUUGCGCUCGUGAGCGAGUUGCGAAGUCGCACGCGUGA